UGCAUCAAUUCCGUGCAAGAUGCUGUUCCCAGGCCUCAGCACCUCAGCGCCUCAUGCCAUCAGCGCCUCGGCAGUUUCUGGCUCUGGCUCCAGCAAGCACAAGCAACAAGCUGGGAUGCUGAUGGCUGAUACGUUCCUCAAAAGACACGUCAUGACUCAACGCGACAACAAUUGUGCCUUGUACGUCAUAGCAUCAGACCAUCAGCCGAAGAGUCCGAGAAACCAGUCUGCUGUCGAGGGGAGCUUGCACCGAUUAUACAAUUUUGGCUGGCUUCAUCCCAAUCAAAGAGUCACCUAAAGGACACCUUGUGAAGUUUAGGUCACCAAGCAAGAAGGGUCUAGUUGCGAGCGGGGAGACUCGAGUGAGCCGUCUGAAAUGUUUCACCAUCUCAACGUCGAGAACAGCGAUCCUGUCAUUUUUGAAGGCUGAAAUCCGGAAGGCGAGGCUGCACGUAUGGCUCCGUCACGCAAUGCUGUCCCAAGCAGCCGAGGAGGCAGCUACAACGGCACCGGCUCUUCGUCUGCUGAUCGUGGACCACUUUGACUCGUACACGCUUAACCUCCUCUCCCUCUUGUCACGCGUAUGGCAGACCGACUUUUCGUCGGUCGAGCUGACUGGCCGGUCGAAUGUACACAAGACAACUCCAACAAACCUGCAAUCGGAACGGGGCCAUCAUGCAGGUCAAUUCGAGCUGCAGCAACUGAUAGCCUCUUCAUCAAAGAGUCCGGCUGCACAUGCCACACACACCUACGGCGGCACGGCCAACGCGCUCAUGGCCUCCAAUGUGGUGGUACUCCCGCACACGCACUCGCUCCUUUCGUCGGAAGAGUCCAUUCGAACGCAAGUCCUGCCGUACAUUGACGCCAUCAUCCUCUCCCCGGGCCCGGGCACCCCCCACGAGCCAAACGACUUUGCUGCCGCAGAACGCUUGCUGCGUAUGCAAGAAAGGCCCAAAUGCGAUGGCAAUGGUAGAAACUCGGUCCCAAUCCUCGGUGUCUGCCUCGGCCACCAGGGCAUUGCUACCGCUUUCGGGGGCAAAGUCAGGCGUGCGAAAAGUAUUCGACAUGGUGUGCAGAGCCAGCUCAGUUGGACCACGGAAGCAGCACAUAGAAGUGCCUUCUUUGGUUUCGGGGAAGCAGUAGAGAGAGAAGGGGAUGUCGAAGGGGAAGGGUUGUUCAAGGGGAUCAGGCAAGGUUGCCAAGUGAUUCGCUACAAUAGUCUGACCGUUGAUCCGAAUUCCUUGCCGAAUUGCUUGGAAGCACUCGCAUGGACCUACGACCCUCCCAACACGCACCCACCUCCCAUUCUCCCACAAAACUUCCCCAUCCUACCACCGUCGCGCCGCCCUACCCCAGCUGCCACGCCCAUCCGCAUUUCCACACCGCGACUUGCGUCGCAAGCUUCUAUGGCAUCGCUCGCUACUACAUCCACGUUGAAUGGUGAAGGACGCACUCUUGCAAAAGGAAUCACAAACGGGACGGAAGGAGAAGCUGUCUUGUUGGCCUUGCGCCAUCGCUCGCUGCCUAUAUGGGGCGUACAAUUUCAUCCCGAGAGUAUCGACUCGCGCAAUGGGGAGAAAAUUCUGGCGAAUUGGCUGCACUUAGCUUCUCAGCAUCUUACAGGCUAUGAACAGCAAGAGUCCAACGAAAAUUAUAUGCGAGAAGAUUCGGCCGCAGCAGCUGAGGGCAAUGUCUCUCAGCUACCUCCGCAAGUAUCUAGCCUACCGCAGCACUUGGUCCGCGCCGGACGCGCCUGCGUCGCUAUUGGCUCCUCAUCAGUGUUGGAGCCAGGAGCCAUUGAUGGAACAUCAACUGCGGGAUAUCCAUCACCAUCGUGCCCCCUUGCAUGCACUGAAAGUACGAUAAUGGAUAACACCCGCGCGUGGCAAUUGCAGCUCCAGUGUCUGCAAAUGCCACCGUCCGAUUACGUUUCAGAGAAUACAAACAGAAGCACGCUCUCAAGCAGAACACUGGGCUCGCCGUCAAUAUCACACCGAUUCCCAACCGCCGAACAAGCGGAGCGCGUCUUCGAGCGUCUUUUCUUCAAGUCCCCCGUCGGUCAGGACGAUGGAAGUGGACGAGCAGUGGGAACGGGUCGCUCGAUGGAUGGCAUCUGGCUCGACAGCGCACGAAAAGCGGACCCACACUCGCGCUUUUCGUACAUGGCCCUGCCGGACCUAUGGCUGUCUUAUUCGCGAGAGAACAGGGAAAUCGUGGUCUCCUUGCCACAACCGCCUUCACAUGGAGGAAACUCGAGAGUCAGGUUCAAGCUGUGCGAUGGCGAGAGCUGGUGGGCCGUCGUACAGGAUGUCCAGCGGAGCUUGCAGGCUAUUUGGAGACAGGGGACGCCUGGAGGCACAUCAAGCGAAAGGCACCGUGGAUCUCACGAAUGCCCACAAGCAGCGCGUGACGUGGACAUCAACAUGUUCUGUGGCGGCCUUGUGGGCUAUUUUGGAUAUGGUAUGCGAAAAGAAGCUAUCUUCCGAGAUGAACCGUUGCCGCAGGAGCCAACAUUGUCCUCGCUUUCGCCAUGCUCACCGGCGCUGUCCGAUGAUGCAUUAGCAAAUGGAUCCUUGCUCCAUGGCCGCUCGAGCAAGGAAAACGACAAUGGCAAUGCACACGAGGCAACGAGCAAGCCGGACUCGGAGCUUGCAAUGUGCUCGCGUGUCCUUGUCUUCGACCACCACACAGGCGCAUGGACGGCAUUUAGCCUGUCUCACUGUGAGGACAGUGGUGCACUCUUCGAACCCGGUCUUACAUCGCAAGCAGGAAUUGAAGCUAAUGGAGCCACGGCGAAGAAUAUCUUACAUCAGAUCCUUGCUACUCUCGCUACUUCUGAUGAUUCGCAUGAAUGGCUUCAAUUCGUCAAGCACGAACUGCUGGCCAUUGGAUGCGAAGCCAGUGAGGAGCGCAGCACUUCGAGCACCAGGUCUUCUUUUCGCCCACGCUUUCUCCCACUCAUGCGGUCAGACGACAGGGCGCAGCAGUACAUGGACAAGGUACAGUCGUGCCGAAUGCAUAUUGCCUCUGGCGAAAGCUACGAGCUUUGUCUGACGACGCAAUUCAGGGGCCGCAUCGCCCUCGAGAUUGGCGACGACCAACAGGACGAAACGAUCAUGCACUACGAAUUGUACAAGACUCUUCGCAGGAAGAACGCUGCGCCAUACUCCGCCUUCAUCCCUUUGCCGCGCCUACGCGACGAUGGCUGCAAGGGGUCUCGUGCCAUCUGUUCUACAUCACCCGAGCGCUUCAUGCGCGUGACGGCACGGGGGCUCGCGGAGAUGAAGCCGAUCAAGGGAACACUCUCGCGAGCUGGAUACAAGCCUGGUGAAGAAAGCUGGCUGCCAUGCCAGUGCAAAUGUCAGGAUGCGCGAAGAUGCGAAUGUCAGGAAGCGCAGAAGAAAUUGUGGAGGGACAAGGAGGACGCCAAGCGUCGAAAGGCACUGGCUGCCGACAUUAAAGAAAGGGCCGAAAAUCUGAUGAUCGUCGAUCUGAUCCGUGCAGACUUGCUAUCGAUAUGCAAACCAGCGUCUGUUCAGGUCCCCAAGUUGAUGUCUGUCGAAUCGUACACGUCCGUGCAUCAGCUCGUCACAACUGUUCAAGGUCAACUCAAGUCCGGCAUCAGCUCCACGGAGGCAGUCGCCCGCUGCUUUCCGCCCGGAAGCAUGACUGGCGCACCCAAGAAGCGGAGCGUCGCAAUCCUCGAUGAGAUUGAACGCCUCGGACGUGGCCUUUGCGCGCCCGAUCAUGGUGAUCGUGCACAAGACGGAUCGGAGGCUCAUUCCCAGGCGUUCGAUGCGGAAAGAGGGAUCUAUUCAGGUGUGCUUGGCUGGCUUGGCAUCGACGGCUCAGCGGACUUUGCCGUCAUUAUUCGCACCGCGUAUGUGGAAGGCAGAGAUGUUUCCAUCGGAGCGGGCGGCGCUGUUACAUACGCUUCAGACCCUGCGAAGGAAUGGGAUGAGGUGCUCGACAAAGCGAAAGCCAUCGCGCAGAUAGUAGAGGCAUGACGAGCCUGAGAAGUAGAAGGUAGUUGAACCCGAAUUUCAUUGGAAAGGCGCGGAGUAUGUGCGGAUUGCACCAGAUCGCCGCCUACAUGUCCGCGAUUUCCACCUCGAUUCCCCGGCAUCCGAAGAAUCUGCGAGAUUCCAGAAGCUUCGAGCCGAAACACUUCCAGCAUCCCAUGCGAGUUUGUUUCACAAGACGCU